AUACCGAUAAUAAUAUGAAUAAAAUAUCAGCUUAAAUUGUUUUCUUUGAUAAAAAAUGAAGAACAUUUCCAUUCUUAAUGUUAGUUGAUUGUGUAAAAAAAUUGUGAAUAUUUUAUUUUUUUUCAAACAAUUAUUACAAUCUUAAAUUCAUUUGUUGAUUGAUUCAAUUUUUGUGAUACCCUACAGAUCAACUUUCACUCUCAGUUACCUUCUUUCUCCUCUUACUUUUUUUUCAUUUCUUUAUCUUUCCUGGUCUGUUUUGCUCUUCAUGUUCUAAUAAACAUAUAAAUCUAUUUCUCUUCCUAUUUUCCUUAUUUUCUUUCUUUAUAUCUCUGGCCUACGGAACUUUCAUUCCUUUCAAAGUUUUAGGAUUACCAGAUGGAAACGAGGAAUCUAAUUCAGGCCAACUCCAAUAGGCAACAUCCAACCCAACAGAUUCAAGCCCAACUGGCUACACAUCAAGCAAAAACCAUUUUAAUUCCUGCAACAUCACCUGUUGUCACUACCCAAACUAUAAACAGUAAUGUUAAUGCAAAUAAUACAAUCAGCAUCACUAGCUGUGCAACUGUUCCAAUUGUUUGGGGCUGUCCGUCCUGCAAGAUACCAUUUAAAAGUGCCACCGAACUGCAGAGUCAUUUGACGGUGCAUACCAAAGUAGAGAAAAGUGUACCUUGUCAACAAUGUGGUAAACUGUUUGCUAGUGCAGAAAGAGUUAGAAUUCAUAUAAGGCAAGCUCAUGGAGAAAAGUCUUGUGCAUGUGAGAUUUGUGGAUCAGGAUUUUCUUAUAGAUGUAAAUUACUUGAUCAUAUGCGGACACAUACAGGUGAUAAACCAUUCACUUGUGAUACAUGUGGCCGUUCAUUUUCACAGAAAAACCACCUUAGAAGACAUUCAAUGAUUCAUACGGGAGAAAGACCAUUUCCAUGUGAUAUAUGUGGUCGAGGUUUUUAUCGUAAAGACAAACUUAAUCGACAUCGAAAAACUCAUUUGAAUCCAGGAGGAUCUAGGGGUAAUCGAUCAUCAACUAACAAUCAUACAACAAUUAUCGCCAAUAAUUUACCAUCCUCAUUAGUUGUGGCUCAACCACAGCAUAUCGUUAAUUCAAUACCAUCAUCAACCACCAUCCAGCUUAUAUCUUUACCUUUAGACUCCUCAUUAGGAACACAGUUCACUUUUAAUUCCGCUCCACAACCUCAACCUCAAGCCCAGCCUCAGGCUCAAGCUCAAGCUCAAUCCCAACCUCAAUCGCAAUCGCAAUCGCAAUCGCAAUCCCAACCUCAACCCCAACCCCAACAACAACAACAACAAACACAACCACAAAGACCACCACAACAACAACAACAGCAACAACCCCCACAACAAAGACCGCAACAGCAGCAGCAGCAGCAGCAGCCGCAACAACAACAACAACCACAGCAACAGUCUCAAGUGCAGGUGCAGUCACAACAACAGCAACAACAACAACAAUCGCAGCAGCAACAACAACAACCGCAAUCGCAGACCCAAUAAUUUAAACCAAACCCACAAUUGUUAGACCGAUUUGAAUUGAACAAUUUGAUAGUUGUCUAAUGGUUGGGUCAGUGGUCUAGGGGUAUGAUUCUCGCUUCGGGUGCGAGAGGUCCCGGGUUCAAAUCCCGGCUGACCCCUUUUGUGUAUCGUAGUUGGCUGAUUAAUUGUCUCUGAUCAUGUACUAUGGAAAUGUUGUCUUGAAAUUUUUUCUCUUCAUUUCUUUCCUCUCUUUCUCUUUUUGAAACAUUUUCCAUAUGGGACCUGUAAAGUGAGGUCUAUUUUGUCGGACAAAAGUGUAAUUGAAAGAUUAUUUACAUGUGCAUAUUAAUAUAAUCUAUUAUUAUAUAAAUCUAUAAAAGUAACAAAUAAGUAAAACUUAACAAGCGAACCAAUCAAUUUACAAUGUUAUCUCAAAUUUCAAUAUAUACAACCAAAAUUUCCAUUAA